AUGCUUGAGAAAUCUGAGUACACUGGCACUCGCAGUGCCACAGCACUCGGCGUCCUAGAGGCAGUGGGUAGUGAAACUCAUUGUGCAGUAUAUUGUGUUACAUCUGCAUAUAGUGGCAGCCCCACAGAAUGGACCUUCAACGAAGCGGAUUGGUUCUCGGUUUCACAGGGCUCCCUUCGUCGGAGCCUGGAAACGAGUAAAAACACCACAGUGGGGCCCCCAAUGGAGACCGGUCCCCAACAUGAGCCACCACUGGAGCCCCUCCUUACCCGCGUAGCAUCGGAGAGUUUUGACUCUAAGUGUAGAGGAAGCGGCCUCACACUGAAAAGGCGAGGCAAUCGUUCUCCUACUAUGCACUCACAGUGUUCGAAUAAGGAGAGUUCUUUUGAGGAUAAUAUGAAGGGUAUGGAGCGAGAACAAAGUAUGGGCAGCGAUCAGGUACGGCGGGGUGAGUUUGAGCAGCCCUCUGCCCACGCACUGCAUUCCACGUGGGAGGAGAUAUACCAAAGGGAGCUAAAAGCAGCGGCAGCGCGGAAGGCAUAUAUAAGUAGGCAGGGCAGGAGAAGUGUCCGCGAACGGGAAACUGUUGACAGUGGAAGUCGGAGUGAAAGCAGGAGCAGCAGCGUAAGCAGUGACACCUCAUCGAUAGAAGGAGAAGAAUGGUUUGGGCCAGAGUGCAUCAAGAUUGCUAGCUGGGUCAGCAGCACGCUGGGAAAGACCCACAAUCAUCCAUUGCAGCUCUAUUUUCGCGCUCUCCAUGCGUCACGUGGCACUUUUGGCAGUGUCGGGGAGGCGUGCGUGGGCAGUAGCUGUGACUGGUGCAGAGGGGAAGGCAUUCUGAUUUCCAAAGAGUUCAUGAGACUGCCAGUGCUGGACGUGGGGUGUGGGGGCGGGCAGGUUUUGGCGAGGCUGAAGCGAUGCGGCUUUCAGCGACUCGCCGGUAUUGAUUAUUCGGCAAGCGCUAUCCAACUUGCCAAGUCAAACCUCCGGUACCGGCAUUUUGAAGAGAAUGGAGGUAAAGGGUUUCAUAUUUGUCUAAGGCAGGCUGAUCUUCGAGAUUUGAAGCCACUUCGUGACCCGACCGCAACAAAUAUGCAUCUUCCGUGUAUAUGCUGCCACUGUGAAAGCUGCAGGGCACCUGCGAGCUCCCAUGAAGAGACACACGCAGAUGAGCGGGCGGAUCCUCUAGCUUCCAGCACUUGUGAGCCUGUGGAUGGUUUACCACAUUUUCCUGUGGUGUUCGAUAAAGGAACAUUCGAUGUCUUUUGGCUGAUGCACACGCCCGAGGUGUAUGUACAGUGCAUGCAUCGCUUGAUGCCGCAAUACGGACUGCUCUUCUUGACCUCAUGCAAUUGCACAGUGGAGGAGCUUGAUGCUCUUUUUUGCUUUAAAAGUGAAGCAGCAGCACAACCGACGGCAGAGCAAACUCCAGGGACCAGGGUCGACGGUGCAACUCCUGAAAGUGCACCCGGUCCAAGCAUUUCAACAACCCCCUAUUGUGGUAUUAGUACCUCACUGACUAAGGACCUGUGUAACGGAGAUGCAUCAGGGGGUUCACUGGACACCAAAUCUGGUGUAGCAUUCGAACGGAUUGGGACGUUACCUCACAGGUCCUUCAAAUUUGGUGGAGCUGAAGGACAGGUGGUAACUUCAGUGCUUCUCAGACGGCUCUGA